ACCUGGGUGCAGGUCUGGCAGGAGGCUCACCUGGACAGGGCAAGACAUUUUUGCUCUUCCCUGGGGACCAUCCCUGUCACCUACAGAUGCUGUGAGUGAGAACCAGGCAACAAGUCCCAGGUCAGGGGACAUUUCCAGGAUGGCAAACUUCCAGGGUCAUGCACUUCCAGGCAGUUUCUUCCUCCUCUUUGGCCUCUGGUGGUCUGUGAAAUACCCCCUGAGGUAUCUCAACCAGAAAGCAACUAAGAAAUCCCACAGGAUUUAUUGUUUUCAGCGUCUGGAUGCCAUCGAAGGGAGCAUCAAAAUCAUCUUUGCUCUGAUAGGGAUGCUGGCAGAGCAGUUUGUCCCCGAUGGUCCCCACUUGUACCUCUACAUCGGGGAGAGCCGGGACUGGGUGAAGCUGAUGAACUGGCAGCACACCACCAUGUACCUCUUCUAUGGCCUUUCUGGGGUGGUGGAUGUCCUCACCUACACCUCCCCCAGCGUGGUGCCACGGGGGCUGGAUCAUCUCAUGCUGUCCCUGGCAGUGUUUGUGGAAGGUUUUCUCUUUUAUUACCACAUCUUCCACCGCCCCAUGCUGGACCAGCACAUCCACACCCUGCUGCUCAUUGCCAUCUUCUCAGGGGCCUGCAGCAUCAUGCUGGAGGUUUUCCUCAGGGACAACAUCAUCCUGGAGAUGUUCAGAGCUGGCAUCACCAUCGUCCAGGGAACGUGGUUCUGGCAGAUUGGGAUCGUGCUGUUCCAGCCAUGGGGUGGCCCUGCAUGGGAUGAGGAUCACAGCAACAUCAUGUUCCUCACCAUGUGUUUCUUCUGGCACUGGGCAGCUGCUGUGGCCAUCCUGGCAAUAAACUACACUCUGGCUUUCUGCUGCAUCCAGCAGUGCCAGAGGCACAGCAGGGAACCCUACAUCGGGCUGGGGGUCCGGAGGCAGGAGGGGGACCCCAGCUCCCAAACUGCCUUCCUGAAUGGGUCUGAUGAAGAGUGA